CCAACGUUCAGUUCACUGCGAGCGCUUAUAGCGUCUGGUGCGUUGUGACAGAAGAACGAGUGCCGACCCGAAAAAGUCAUCAGCCAAACCACCACAGACCACACCAAACAAACACAACCAACUAAAGGAUAUAAUCCCAGCGAAUAAAGCGAACUCGUAUUUACAUUCAGUGCAAAAGUUGUGCGUGCAAUGAGGCGUGACUCGAAUGUGGCACGAUUUUAAUUAAAUCGCCAGUUAUUGAAAGAAUUAAAACAAAAUACAAAGUACGCAUCACAGUUGAAUUGAAUUUCGCUGAACGGGAAACCCACAGACACGUCGUGUUGCACGGUUCAGAUUCCGAAUCAGGAUCGCAUCCAGACCCACUUUCGCAUUCGCAUUCGCAUUCGUAUCCAUUUUCAUAUUCAUAUUCAUAUCCAGUGCGCGCUAAACUCCUGUCGGCUGCUCCCGCUGCACUGACUGCUGUCCUUGUCGUAUUGUUUAUGGAUUUGUUGGUUUUUGGUUCCGCGUUCCCGAGCUUCCGAGUUUUCCUCUAACACGUAGCAGUGGCGUCAACAGGUGAAUUUACUUGCUGUCUGAAAUGAAUGCGUUGGUGAUGAACUGGAUUCAUUAGCUUUCGCUUGAUGUUUAUGCAGCGUCCUUCGACAUUAAGCGCCAAUCGGAUUCAGUGAGCCAAAGGUCUCGACCUCCCGUCAGCAAAAGGGAGAGAAAAACAAUUUUAAGAUUAGUCCGGGGCUGAAGCAAAAAACGCCCGCUCCGCGCCAGGACUCCACGAAUACACAAUGCGUCUACCGCGCACCUCCCCAGCGCUCUGGUCCUUGGCCUGGCUCGCCUUGGCCACCACCGGCACUCUGGCCUACCCAAACAGUCAGCCGCACCAGCCGCUGGUCACCUAUGUGACCACCUCGACGACAUCCAGCCAGCGGAGCCAGUCCUCCAACCGGCAGCUGCAGCCGGCUUUCGUCUACGACUCACCUCCUCCGGAAGCGGAGGAGGGUUCAAACCACCCUCUGAGCACAUCCACAUCCACAUCUAAUGCCGGGAACGGGGAAACUGAGCCGUCAAAGAAAGUCAUCGGUUCCAGUGCGACCCCAUCAGUUUCAGUGGUUCUCGAUGGCAACGAACCGCAGUUUACGGAUGCCCUCGGCCACAAGGUGCCCAAGCCACAGCCGUCGUUGCAAGUGGCAAGCCCCAUCGUCCUCCUUAACCCAGACCGCUACGAGUUCUACACGUUCGACGAGCACGGCGAGCUGGUCAAGCGGCUGAUGACCAUGCAGGAGAUUCAGAGCAUCGUGGCCAACGGCGACGGCGAGGGACCGUCCAUCAUCCACCCCGCCCCGGUGGCUGAGAGCAGUCCCGACAAGAAUGUGCAGGACAUCGUGGACAGCGUGCAAAACGUACUUAACAAGGAGGUGGCCUCCACCUCGGCAAAGAACAGCUCCGGGGAGCUGCUCCCUCCCCUUCUGGAUACGCCCGACGUCUCUUCCUCCUGGUCGCUCAUUCUGCCCGCCAUUUUCGGCAACACGGGGGGCGACAUUUUCCCACAGCAGCGCCCGCAGCAGAUUGUGAUGACUCCCGAGUCGGAGCUCCUGGAGACGUCGACCAGCGCGGCGCCAACGACCACCCGUGCCACAAAGAAACCCAAGCCCGCUAAGCGUAGGCCGGGCACAAAACGCAAACCUUCCACCUCUACCAGCACCACUCAAGUGACACCGCAGGUCGUGCAGGAGGAGCUGGAUCCCAUGGAGUCGGUGUACACGGGAAUGCAGCAAUACCAGCAGGUGGCCGCCAAUAUGCCCGAGUUUGAGCUCCUCCACAUGCAGCCGAUCUACCAGAAGCAGCCGAGCACCACAGGUCGGCCGGAAACAACCACGCGGCGCGUGUUCUACAACAACCAGGAAAUUAUUCACACGCCCACCUCCUCGAGUAGUGCCCCCUCUACCACCGAAAUUGUCUUCAGCCACCAGCUGGCCAAAAAGCCGGCCAGUGUGCAGCGCAAGCCGACUCAGCCUCAUCGAGUUAAGAAGCCUAACGGUGCGGCUGCGGGCGAAACCACUUCCCAGUCUACGGGCGGAAAGCAGAAGGUCAAGAAGAAGACAAGUACCACAACGACAACGACAACAACCACACCUGCCCCACAGCCCGAAACAGAGCCACCCACUCAGGUGACGCAAGAGGAGCCUGCGCCAACGGAAAGCACGACCACAACCACCCAGGCACCACCCCCGACCACCCCGAAAAAGAAGAAGCGAAAGCCAACACGAACCCCUGGAACAGGAUCGUCCACUGGCCAAGCCAAGCCAUCGAAGCCAAAGCGAAAGCCAACGUCGAAGCCAAAGCCUCUGAUCCAGGAAGUGAGUGAAUCUGCAUCCGCUGCAUCGGCCCCAAGGCCGCAGAUUGUGAAUACUCAGAAGCCGCCCAGACCACAAAGACCUCACAAGAAGCCCAAGCCAAUAGCCACUACAGCAAGCACUACGACAACAACAACGCCAGUGCCAGAAGCGACUGCAACAACUACCACGCCUGAACCGGUGACCACCCCGCCAGAGGCACCAGUCACAGAGCCACCAGCAGAGUCCAGUCCAGUCACAACCACUCCGGAACCAGAGCCCCAAACAACAGUUCCCACAACAACGACAACGACAACAACAGAGGCUCCUAUAACAACAACCACAGAGGCUCCCACAACCACAACCCCUGCUCCCACUACAACAACCACUGCUCCCACAACAACAACCACUGCUCCCACUACAACAACCACUGAUCCCACUACUACAACUACUGCUCCCACUACAACAACCACUGCUCCUCUUAAAACUACAGCCAUACCACCUGCACUACACCAUCAGAAAUUACACAACAGGCCCAACAGCCGUCCAGCAACCCAUCAUAACAACCGAAUCCAUGCAAAGCCCGUACACAGCACCACAACUGAAUCGAGUAAGGUGGCAGGGGAACUACAAACCGAGAGCUACGGAUUGGUUAAUGUGAUUCCAGCCUCGAGCACCACCCACAAACCACUUUAUCCGCUGCCCAGCUACAAUGCUGACUCCUCUCAAGACAUCACUGCCUCGAUAGCUGAUCCUCCGCCGCACCACUCGCCUCUGAAAAAGACCCCGUUGCCGUCGCUGGCUCAGCUGCAGCAGCAGUUGCACCUCAGCUCCCCGUCGCCUGCCCCACAGCUUUCCCCCGCUCAGAUUCUCUCCAUGGACCAAAUUGUGCAGUCGCUUACCCAGGACCUCUCGGCCACAGACAAGGCGGAUGAGGAUUCCGCUGCGGGUCCCGUUAGAUACGACAGUGCGGAGAGCGCACUGGAGAUGGAAGCACUGGCCAACAAGAAAAAAGUAGCCGUCAUUGGCAGCAUCACUGCAGCAUCAACAACGACCACUACCACUGCCAAGCCCACCACAAUUUUGACAAGCAAUAAGCCACACACAUCCCACUACGGCGGAAGCACUCUGGCAACAAUGCUUUCAGAGGAGGAGGGGGAUGUCACUGACUCCACAGAAUCUUCCAUGGCCCACCAGCAGCCAGCAGACACCACGCUCAGCAGCCUCGAGGACGAUGAGGAGGAGCAAACACCCGUGGUAGUCAUCACCGCUAGACCACAAUACUUUACGGUAACAAGGAGGCCAGAACCACUUAAGCCGAUCCCGACCGAUCACAACCAGGAGGAGCCGGAGACAACCGAGCUGCCGGGAGAGACACAGUUUUUAGUCACUACUCCAAUGUCACCACUGGAAGAACUGGAAGCCACAACCGAUAAGCCAGUGGUUGAGUCCGAUCACGAGGUCAAGUUGGAGCCACUCGACGAAAUUGUACCAGAGGCUAAUGAACCAUACCCCACAAGCGGCUACAACCCACCAUUGGAAAUUGCGGAGGAGGCGGAUGCAGCGGUUGCCACCACAGAACAGACACUACGUCUUCCUGUUUCAGAGAGCAGCACAGUUGCCGACAUUGACAGUACCGAAGUAACACCCAUGAUUGCCGACCUUGUCCAGCAGCUUAACUUGGAGAUGCUUAAGCCCACGGACCAAAUAUCCAUGGCCAACUUCCAAACACAGGCGGCCACUGUGGCCUCCACUUUAGUGGAUGGCAGUAACACGCUCCUCUCUGAUGUCCCCAUAAACUCAAACGAGACCAAGGACGAGCUGGAGUUUCUCAUGUCCGAUGUUAUCCAGCAGAUCACCCAAGGCGAUCAGACCAAGCCACCGCCGAAGGCUCAACCGAUAGACGAUUCGCACCGCCUGACCAAUUUCGCCCAACUGAAUACCUCGUUCCUACUCCACCCAAGACCAGACAAAACGGAGGUGUCUGAGGAACCAGAUGAGCCCCAAGAGCCAUACAAGCUUGAGCCGCAGCUCGAGACAAAGCCGCCAACGCAUAGUACGACUACCGCAGCGCCCUUCAAGCCGGAAUUCCAGCAACCGGACGCUUUCCCAACGAGUCCCAUCCACGUAGAGACGAGCACGCACCGGAUUCCCAUUCUAUCGCUGUCCCAGAUUUAUGCGCAGCAACAGCAAGACCAGGAUGAGGAGCAGGAGGUUUUUACCAACGAACGACUCGAAGCGCAGCCAACUCAAGAGCCUAGCCGGCAGGAAAACAUCCCUGUCCUAGAGACAUCCACAGCAACCCCCUCAGUGGACACCACCGAGGCUGACACUGUUGAGGUGGCCACCACCACAGAGCGUGAGUCAGUGGAAGAGCCCAACCAGGAGACCACAUCCAGUGAGGAGAGUUCCAGCAGCAAGGAGUCAACGACCCAGUACAAUGGCAUCCCCGAAAGCAACACGCACCGCGAAAGUGAAGAGGAAAUGCCCGAGCUGUUGACAAAUGGCUACAACGAGCAGCAGCAGACGGAGACCAGUGCAAUCACAGAAAAGGAGACGGAGCCGGAGCCCGUGCUCACCACGGAAAAGUCUGCGCCGGAAGAGCCAGAGACGACCGCCCAGCCUUCUGUGGGGGAAGAGACAACAUCGGCGACUAAUGUGUACCAAGACGCACAGACAGAAGAGCAAACAUCAACGACGGAGAAGCAUGAGCAAACAGAACAGCUGCCACAGUUUUCCCAAAUCGCCGUUGUAGAGGACAGUGCCACCAAUGCCGCCCAUCUUCUGCCCCAAUAUCAGUCUCCUGCCAGCGGAGAGCGGGACGAGACUGAAGUGCCGGUCACGGAAAUACCUGGUGAUAUGUCCCUGGCUUCCUCCGACUCGGACAUGUCGCUGAGUUCCGAACAGGUGACCGAAAAACUCGAACUGAGCACGGUAAAGACGCAGGAGUUGGACGACGAGUCAUUGGAGGAAAUUUCCGACGAGCUGACAGCCACAAUUUCGGAAGAACAAGACGCCGAGGAUGCGACGGCUGUGACCAGUGCCCAGAAAAUACAACCGGACGAUGAGGAUCCCUACGUGAAGCUGGGCGAGACAACUGCGAGUGUGGUGCGUCCGCUGAACUCAAACUCCGAAGAGGCUGGUGAGGACAAGAGCGCUACUGAACCUGAUGAGGAUAACUACAAGGUGACAUUGCCUUUGGCUAGCUAUGGAAAUCCACCUGUGGAUCAGGCGGAUGAGGAAGACGAGGAGGAUCAAGUGGUUUACCAGAUGCCUAUCUCCCUGCCCAGCAGUACCACCACAAGGACAACAACUACUAAAAAGUCCACAACGGAAACUCCAACUACGACAACUCCGUCAAGCACUACAAGUGCUCCUGCAACUACAACAAAGCGCCUGAACACCUUGAAGCCCGUUUCCUACUACGUUCAGCCCUCUCUGCUGGGUGGCUACAACCAACUAGACUUCCAGCCGCCAAAGGUGCUGCCCUACAAUGCCAACAAGGCGGACCCAGCCCAACACCAACCUCAAGCUCCGUCCCACAGCCAGUUUCAGUCCACGUUGAACCAGCAGCGACCGACGCAGCGGCCCCCCUUGCUUGCCAAUCUUAUGGCCAGCUCCACGCAAUCGACCCGGCCUCCCGUUAAACUGGAUCCUAGUCCAGAGUCCUCACAGGGGCUGGAGGCCUCCACCGCACACAUGGACGAGGAUCUGCAGUCCUUCGCUCGGCUCUGCAACGAGCUAGCCUUCAGCUACUGGCGCGCCAUUACCUCGGAGAAGAUCAGCUCCGCCAGGAGUUUGGUCAUCUCCCCGUUCGCCCUUACUUCCAUGCUGUCAAUGGUAUUCCUUGGGGCGCGCGGAAGCACGUCCGGGGAGAUGAACGAGAUCCUGAAGUUGGACGACAUGGUCACCUUCAAUCCGCAUCUGAUCUUCAAGAACAUAACCAACUCAGUGGAACAGGCCACAGACAGCGACAUCGCGACCGCUGCCUUCGUGCGCGAGAUCUUCAGUGACCGGGCGAACGGAAAGAUACUGCCCUUCUUCAAGGAGAAGACCCAGCAGCUGUACGCCGGCCAUGUGGAGGAGGUGAACUUCCACGUGGUCAACGACAUCGUGCGACGCCGCACGAACCUUCUGGUUAAGCGCCACACGAUGGGAAAGGUUCUGGAGUACCUGCGCACCAACAGCGUGUGGGUGAACGGGCCCCUGGCCACCAUCUCGGCUAAUCUCUUCCAGACGGACUGCUCGCACGGCUCCACCGCGGAGCGCGAUGGGGAGAUGUUCUUCCAAGUGGCUCCCACCGUGCGUCAGCGCCGGCUGGUGCCCAUCCCGGCCGUGCUCUACCGCUCCGGCUUCACGGCGGGCUAUGAGCCGGGGCUGGACGCCACCGUGGUGGCCUUCGGGCGGGUGCAGGACACGGUGAGCACGGUCUACGUGAUGCCCGGCCACCAGAGCUCCAUUUCGCCGAUGGACAACCUGGACCGCCUGGAGCGGAGCUUGGCAGAGACGGCCUUCGGAGAGUCGCGGGCCUGGAGCCGGCUGCUAACCUCGCUGAUGGACCGGCCCGGCAUGGAGGUGCAGCUGCCGCGCUUCUCGCACCGCUCCUUCGUCAACGCCUCGCUGGGCCUGCAGAAGAUGGGGCUGCGCGGGCUCUUCAAGUCGGACUUCGCCGAUCUGCGGGGUCUGACGGGCGCCGGGAACCGCGACAUCUUCCUGUCCGACAUGAUCCAGAUCAACACGUUCAGCACCUGCGGCGAGGAGAAGAUCUCCGAGCACCACCACGUGGAAAUGUACCCGGCGCCCCCGCUGCGCAAGCGCAACAAGGACGUGGACGCCACCGAGGACGACGCCUUCGACUCGUCGGAGGCCGUCGUGGACUUUGGCUCGCUGGUGCAGGAGUCGGCCCUCGGGCGGGGCUUCUACGACGACCUGCUGGACCCCAAGUACCUCGAACUGCCCCUGCCCCUGCGUCCGCGGCAGGCUCGUGUCCCGGACGCCCCACGGCUGCGCUUCGACAAGCCCUUCCUGUACUUCGUGCGCCACAACCCCACGGGCAUGAUCCUGUUCAUGGGGCGGUUCAACCCGCGCCUGCUGCCGUGAACCGCAGGUCGUUUUCUUGUUAAACCUUGGAAUGUGACUUAGUGAAUUUAUACCGUACUCGUAAUGCUAACUGUAUCCUUAAUGAAAGCUGCUUGCUGGGCCUUAAUCCCGCGUCCCUCGUCCGCAUUGGUCCGAUACGAGAUUGAUGCUCAGCAAACGAUUGCAUUUGCCAGUGGCAGCUGCAAUUAUUCUCUGUGCGCGCAAAAACAAAAUCAAAUAUCUUAAAUGCUUAAAUGCAGUUUGCGCAAAUUUAUUUUCAAUUUUUCGGGCUUGCAUUUAAUUUGCCGCAUACCACCCGAAUGCGGCAUGGUAUAUGAAAAUGCAUUUUUUACUUCGUCGUUGCUCGCUGAAAAAUCGCCGGCUUCGCAAACAAAUGUUGAAUAAAUACGUAGGCGGCGAAUGCGAAUGCAAUCGAAAAUUAAAUGCAAAUGCAAUCAUGGGAUGCGUCAAUGUUUUGGCAACUGAACAAAUGUAAUUUAGUAAAAUAAACUUUACGAAAACGCAAACUAAAAGUUAUGUAUGCUGUAAUGUAAGCUUAAACAAAAACUCUAAAUAAAUAAAUAUAA